GAAAACGAGUCAUGCGAUGAUUCUCUUCCGGGUCAAGCUUGUGCAUGGCUCGCUGGGUCAAAUUGGUCGUGUGAUAAAAUACACAUAUCAGCAGUCCACCAAUAUUUGAAUCAUCGUACCGAUUCUGAUAGCCUUUUAAUCUGUGAUGUAAUUCAUUGUGCGACAGUUCGUUCCUUUCUUUCUCUAGAAACUGGUAUUUUGGUGGACGCAUCGUCUCGCUGUGUGUGGAAGCCGUUUCUCGGGGAAACAAUGUCACGUCCGCGUUCGAGAUCUCCCUUGUAUUCAAGAAUCCCAACUAUUCAUGGGAGGAGAGCGGAAGGAUUAUUUGAGAACCAGAUACAUUCAUCAGUACAGUCUGAUGCGUGGAGAAACCCUGAAUAUGUCAACAAGGUAGAAAAUAGCACACACUGGAACAAAGAUUCCUGUCAAGGAGAACAACAUGUCGACCACUGGGCCAGUUUUAUUGACGCGAUAGAGCAUGCUCAAAAAAGAGGGGCUUCACCUAUGACCAGAUACCACAUGCAGGGAGAUGAAGAAAGGCCGCCCCAUUCUCCAAGGAGACUGCCUAGGGAAAGGCUACCUUCCCCUGAUCGCACACAUUUUGGUGUUGAAGAGCGUUACAGGAUGGCAACACCAGGCUGGAACAGGAAUGAAGGUGUUGAUAAGGAGCUCGGUUCACAACACAACCACAGAGAAUCGAGGGACAGGUCUUAUCCAAGACAUCCAGAAGGAAGAAAACAAGACAGGAUGGAGUAUGGAUAUCAUAAUGAAGAACAUGGCGAUCAAUAUCAAGAAAGGGGCUCCUUUGCAGAGAGGUCAUCAAAGUCAGAUUAUAGGGAGCAUCACCCUCCUUCUGAAGGACUUACAGAUUUUGGUCUGCAGGAUGAGUUUGUUGAGCAUCACAGGGGCUUCAGCCCACGUCGUGCACCUGUCAUUGUGGAACACGAUCAUGGAAUUGCAAAACGUUUCAAGGAACCACGAUCCCCGAAAAUGAGUGGCAAUCUGAGGAGCAGAGACCCACCUAGGACAAGUGAAACCCAGAGGAAUCGUGAUCGAGAUAGAAGAGACCAAGGCUAUCAUGCGCAUACUUUGCAAGAUAGACAUGGCGGGCGACCAAAUAGUAACCCCAGAGAGGAAUCAAGAAAGAACUACUCUUCUUAUGGAAGAGAAACUCAAGGAAGAGAGCGCUCAAGACACGUGGAUCAAUCUAGAAUGGAGUCACAUACAAGAGACUCAGAAGCGCGGAGGGAAAUGGAUUUGAGGGAUGUGAGCGAUGUUGACUUGAGGAACAGAGAUAGAGACUCUAUCCAAGAUUGGGAGGAAGAGAGAUCACAAAGGAAUCAUGGGAGGAUGACGGGACAAGGGGUGGUUCGCCAAAGAGCUCCGUAUCACAGGGAGUCAAACGCUAAUGUUGGUCCUGCACCUAGAAUGGAUUUUGGUGAACAGGAGACCCUCAGGAUCAAGGUGGACAUGAGUCGCCCCGUUCGGCAAAGCAGUCAUUUAGGAUAUUCUUCAGAUAGGCAGUUAUCACUGGACUUAGUCAAUGUGGGUCGACAACGCCUUGAUUUCCUUCCCAUGCUGGAGCAUUCUGGGACUUACAGGGAAUCAGCAGUGCAUUCUGGCACAUUUGCCCAGGAGAUCAUCACCCUUGUGCAUCAAGUUAAAGAAAAUUACUUUAGGGGCCAAGGCAUCACACUUAAUGAACGAUUUGCAAAUGAACAGUAUUAUUCACUCCAAGAUGAGUUUAAGGAGGAAGAAGAAGAACAGGAGGAGGAGAUGGGAAAUGUGAGACCAGUCACGAAUAGGCAACAUGGAGUGCCUUCAUCAGAAACUCAGAUCUUCUGCAAGAUAGGGCCGGAUCCACUUCAGAGACAACAGCUUGUCCCUGACCCUGGUGACCUCCGGUAUGACCUGGAGCGAAGAAGACAACAGCGACUGGAGGGUGUGAAGAUCACCAUUGCUCCUGUUAGCUGUCUUCUGUUCUCUUUCCAAAGUCAAGAGAGUGAACCUCCCUAUAUGAGUGACGAUCCUGAAGAAAUGGAUGAGAACUUCAGGUGGUUGGAACAAGACCGUGAGCCUCAAAGGCAGUGGGAUGGCCCCCGUCAAAGAAUGCCAGUACCUAACAGACAGAACGUCAGUCAGAGGGGGAAUUCCAAUCGCAAUGGCAGACAACGGGGACGGAGGACUUGAAAAUGUGUGGCAGUGCAUGAGGAGAAAGUCAACCAUACAAACAUUAGUUCAAUU